GGCGGGGAUGGAUUCGUUCGUUCCUCGCCCGGGGCCCUCGUCCAUCCCUCCCUUCUCAUCGCAUCGAUAUCAUCCUGGUGACGAGCAAGCCCCGAUCUCAUUCGACGACCUGCCGGCCGAGAGCAUAUGGGUAGAUGGCAAGACCACAUGGAGCAGGCCGCUGGUAGGCAUGACAGAUCCGAUGCGCUGAGACGAAAUCCACCCACGGCAGCAUUUGGGGCGUGUGUUUCUUUAUUUGCCAUGGGUUGCAGGACGAGCACAUGCUAUCGUAUCUGAUGAAUAAGAACGCCACCUCGUGUCGUGAGCACACGGCCAUACUGGGCCUCAUGACCAAGACCCCUGAGGUGAUUUUUACUGAAAAGCUCACACGAAAGAAUGAUCAUGCCACUCAGAUGGUCGACUUUGAUUUGUGUCAUAUGCUCCUUUCACACACAUGCACCGACAGUGGCGCAAGAUGUGUUUCAUCCACAACCCCGAGGACGGCAUCAUCUCCAAGAGCAAAGCCCUGCACCGCCUGGGCUUUAUCAAAAAGUACCUACAUAGCCUGCACGCUGGCCGGCUGGCUUCUGCAACCCUGCAAUGCAAACACCCACAAGAGUCCAUCCAUUUUGUCCUCUUAUUCAGGUACCAGAACGAGGCCCCCUUCGUGUGGGCACGAUCGUACCUGAGCGUCAUCGACCAGCACGGCGUCUUCACGGCACGGGCAGCACGUGGCGAGAAAGCAGAUGUGGGUCUGCUGGACGGGGGCAUGCCGGUGCGCAUGGGGCUGUGUGAUUGGAGGGGGGAGGUGCUUGGGGUGGGGGUGGGGCGUAGGGCUACGGUGAACAUGUCGGAUGAGGCUCUCGGUACGUUUCGCCAAGAACGAUGGAAGGGUGCGCAGCCAUAAUGUCUCUCUCUCUCUCUCUCUGCGUGUGUCCAUUUCAUGCAGAGGAGGAUGCAGUUGGCGAUUCUGGGGCGAACAAGGCCGUAGACAAGGCUAUGCAGGGACACACGCGGGCUGAAGGUGGCACUCUGACAUGAUCAGAGCGCUCACACGCCUCCCCUCUGUCCCUGUCAGGUAGUGGCAUUGGUGGUAUUGGUGGUCUGGGGAAAAGCCCCAACAACAAUUCAUCCUCGCCCGAGGACUUAGGCGGAUCCGAAGACGACAGCACAGAGCACAAAGGGAAGAAGCAGCCCUCGCACAUCUACCCCGUAUACGUGGAGGGCGAGAAGCGACCCGCCUACCCGCGGUACUUCCGCUACGCCCCCACUGGGCGUGUCUAUGAUCGUCUCAGACCGGCCGAUUUUGUGGAGCUCACCAAGCUAUUCUUCCAGAAUACCUCAGAGGGGCAGGAGGGUAAUGCGGGUGCGGAGGUUGAUGGGGCGAGAGACAGCAAGCGGGCCAGAGUGGGGUCGUAGCAGCCAGCUGCAUGACAUGACCGGGAUCAUGAUCAGUGUUGGUGAGGUGGGUACGUCGGUCGGGGUGGCACGGACGGGAAGUCGGGCGGGCUGGGAAGCAGACAGACCUAAGUAGACAGACCAAUUGAGCGAGAAGUAAAUGGGGUGGGUUGAAGAGCGUGGGAGCCGUGGCUGGGCUGCCUGACCACUCA